AUGAAUAUAUUGUCGGAAAUGAAGAAGGACAACUCUCCUGGUGUCACUCACAACAUUAUUUCCCUUCUCAUGGCUAUGAAGUUUGUGAAGAUUAAGCAGUUUGUACUUUUGCAGACAAACCAGGUGGAGGACUUUGAACUGGGAAUAAAAUUCUUAGAUGAUCUCGGAUCUUUUUUGUUAGAAGUAAAGGAUAAGGAUAUCAAGCACGCAGUAGCUGGUUUGCUGGUUGAAAUCCUGCUUCCGGUUGCUGCGCAAAUCAAACGCGAAACUAACAUACCUGCACUGAUAACUUUCGUUUGCAAACUUUUUGGACCUACAAAUGAAUUGGCUUCAAAGAAGCAACACAAACUGGCUGCAUAUCCUCUACUGACAUGUCUUCUUUGCGUGAGUCAGCGUCAGUUCUUCUUGUCAAACUGGGUGCCUUUUCUCAACAACACCCUUGCGAAUCUGAAAAACAGAGAUUCUAGAAUUUCCCGAGUGGCGUUGGAAUCAUUGUACAGACUGUUGUGGGUGUACAUGAUCCGCAACAAUUAUGAUGGUAACUCCGCAACUCGCACCAGGCUCGAGUCUAUAUGUGGAAGUUUGUUCCCGAAGGGGAAUCGCGGAAUCGUUCCGAGAGAUGCUCCGUUGAAUAUUUUUGUAAAAAUAAUCCAUUUUAUAGCACAACAAAAGCUGGACUUUGCUUUUAAAGACGUUAUUUUUGAUCUUUUGGCAUGUAAUCGCACACAAAGGUCUCUGUAUCCAGAGAGAAUGAAUAUCGGUAUUCGAGCUUUAAUGGUAAUCGCUGACGGCUUACAGCAAAAAGACGAGCCACCGUCGAUGCCAAAAUCCAUGGGUGAUCAUGUUAACCUUUUUAGAAAACUGUGCAAACCUGUUAUUGCAGGACCCUCUGCAAGUGGAACAAUGCAGCGAUUGAGGAAGAAAACUUAUAUAACGCGUCCGUUAACCGUUGACAUUGCAAAAGCCAUUGGACUUGACCAAUAUUACAUUCCUUGUAGAAAGGCAUUUGACACUAUUCUACGGAUUUUGGAUACACAGGUAAUUUUGGUUGGCCGACCUUUGAUGUUGACGGCGAUUCAAAAGGGUAAGGAGCCGGAUGAACUGUUAGGAGGUGACGUAAAACCAAAGUUGGAUUUGUUUCGAACCUGCGUGGCCGCUAUACCUCGAUUACUUCCAGAGCCUAUGACUUACACCGACCUCAUUGAUAUCUUGACUAGAAUUACUGUCCAUAUAGAUGAGGAACUGCGAACAAUGUCUGGAAAUACUUUGCAAAAUAUAAUGGGCGAAUUUCCAGAAUGGAGGGAGCAUGUAGUAAUUGCUGAGAUUGCUCUGCUGCAAAAUCAGCUAACUGACUUCUAUCCUGCUGUAUUAGACGAAGCACUACGAUUAUUACAUCAGAUGAUUGUGACGUGGAAAUCAGCGGCAAUUCAGGAGAAAAAGAAGGAACAACAAAAGGAUUUUGGUCUCGUCGAGACAUCUCAACCCGUUUUCCCUUCUUAUUUUUCAAGCUAUGCUUCCGCUCUUCAUGCAGUAGAAGGGCUGGCUCUUGUCAUGCUGUGCCAGAUUAGGUAUAUUUUAAAAUUUUCCUUGUUAAAUUUACGUAUGUAUGAAUAUAUAUACAUAUGUAUGAAUAUAUAUACAUUCGCCUAA